GAACUCAAGUCGCCAGUCUGUGAAGCUGCAUACCGUAGUAUGGUAGGCAAUUUGAUUAUGUAGCUAGCCUGACUGGGGAAGGUGGCAAAUGCGCAUCGUGGCAAAGAGUUCAAAGCAUCGUGAGAGAAGCAGCUGCCAGUGCAGGAGCUCUCCGUGUGGGCAUCGGGCAUUUUGAGCCGUUGGUGAGCUGCCAUCAGAGCUUUUGGCAAGGAGGAAUUUGUAGGAGAGUGGGGGACUUGAGGUGCCAGUUCUUUACAGACUAAACUCGGCAAGCUUAAAGGACUUUCUGAAGGAUGUCUAUUUUCAAUUGAGUGAGGAGCAGCUGCAUUCGCAGGCAGGGGCAAGACUGGGUAGGUUGAGGAGCAACUGCGGGAACAACAACAUUAGGGUUUGAUUCCAUCGACCAAACCCUAACUUGAGCGUUGCAAAUUCUCUUGUGCUUCCUUGCUGUUCGACUUCAGCAAUGGGUUCCCCCAGUCAUGUCAGCCACGAUUCUUCUGAUCCAUGCCUGGCAGUUGUUGCUAAGAUCAGCGAGCUUUACCAAUUGCGAGAUACAUUCUAUCCAGAGAAAGAAGCAGACAAGAAAGCAAAGCUGGACAGUGGAGUCAAAGAAGUCUUGCUGAUGAUAGAAACAUUGGCAAAUGAAACGGCGGUGUCUAGCAAAAGGGGCCAUGUGGCAUAUCUCCGAGGGAAGGCUCUUGAUGUGGGGCCGGACUUCUCAAAAGAAGCGGAAGAACAGCUCUCUAAAGCGGUGAAGCUGGAUCCUUCGCUGGCGGACGCGUGGGCGUGUUUAGGCCACUCUUUCUGGAAGAAAGGGGACCUCAGCCAGGCGCAGAAUUGCUUCAAGGCAGCCCUGAAAAAGGGACCACAUAAAGAAGCACUGCAGCAGCUCUCGAUGCUAGAACGGAGCUUGGCCAAGGCGGACCCAGAGGCGGCCCAGCAACUAGUGGAGGCGAGUUUGGGCCACGCGCGCGAGGCGGUGGCGCUGGACAUCCGGGACGGGCGCAGCUGGUACACCCUGGGCAACGCGUUCCUCACGCACUACUUCGCCACCGGCGCCUGGGACUUCGGCCAGCUGCGGCAGGCGCUCAAGGCGUACCAAAACGCGGAGCGUGACGCGGCCGCCGCGUGCAACCCGGAUUUGCACUUCAACCGCGCGACCGUGCACAGUUAUCUGGGGGAGUACUCCGACGCCCUCCGCGACUUUGCUGCCGCUGCGGAGAGGGAUCCCUCGCUGAACGCGGAGGCCGAGGUGCAAAAGAUCGUGAAGCUGGCCGGGCGGUUAGCGGACCUGGUCGCAAACAAAGGGCGGGUCAAGGCCAAGAAACUGGCGGGGGCGCUUGCGGAGCUGGGAGCAGCGGCCGGUCCCUCUUCACACCGAGUAGCUCCCCUGGGCAGCCUAUCCCCGGGUGUAAAUAAGGGCGUGGCGCUGCUUGCAAAGGUCCUCGUUCAGGCCGCCAGCGACAGCACAUACCCAUUGACGUACAUACUCGUGGAUAAAGACGGGAGCUGCUGCGUGCUGGCGGUAUACGCAGUCCGGGAGGGAGCGGUCAAGGCGGAUGCGACUGUCUCGCUUCUAGACCCGGUCUUCUCGCAGCAGGAGGUGCGGUGGCAAGAUAAGGUCUAUUCCUUCCCGUUGAUACGUGUAGAUCACGUUCAACAAGUACUGGUAGAUGGAAAGCCGUUGAAGCAAGCCGAUGCAGUACGCUCGACAUUAUAUACUGCUAACAAAGCGUCUUAGUGGACGAAUAUUAACAGCUCACUCGGAAGCGAUUGCAUGCACAUGCAUAGAUCAAUCAGCUUCAGCCGUAC